ACAGAAGCUGUUAGCUCUUCUGUUGCUCUUGCUCCUGUAUCACUUCUGCCACAGCAGCAGCAGCAACAACAACCACAACAACAACAGCAGCAGCAGCAGCAAGUGGUGCAGCAACAACAACAGCAAGCACCACGUUUUACCACACAUCCGUCGUCAUCGGGAUCCAUUGUUAGUGAAGGAAGUACAAAGAUUUUACAGUGUCAUGCUCUGGGUUACCCACAGCCCACAUAUCGAUGGCUCAAGGAUGGCAUACCCGUUGGCGAUUAUUCAACCAGUCAAUUUUAUCGCAUUCCUAGCACAAGACGCGAGGAUGCCGGCAGCUAUCAGUGCAUUGCCAAGAACGAUGCUGGCUCAAUAUUCAGUGAAAAAAGCACGGUCGUUGUUGCCUAUAUGGGAAUCUUUGAGAAUAUCACCGAAGGACGUUUAUCUGUCAUCAGUGGACAUCCGGCCAUAUUUGAUAUGCCGAUAAUUGAGUCAGUACCAGCGCCAUCGGUGGUAUGGCAAUCGGAAGAUGGGCCACUUAGCUAUGAUAUUAAAUAUGCAUUUACAAGCCCAUCGAAUCAAUUGAUUAUCUUGAGUGCCGAUGAGAACGAUCGCAAGGGUUAUCGUGCCCGUGCCAUUAACACUCAACUGGGCAAGGAGGAGAUUAGUGCGUUUGUUCAUCUCAAUAUUAGCGGUGAUCCGUAUGUGGAAGUGGCUCCGGAGAUUAUUGUACGUCCCCAGGAUAUGAAAGUUAAACUGGGCACUGGUGUUGUCGAAUUGCAAUGCAUUGCCAAUGCUCGUCCAUUGCAUGAACUGGAAACACUAUGGCUAAAAGAUGGCUUAGCCGUGGAAACAGCCGGCGUAAGGCAUACCCUAAACGAUCCAUGGAAUCGUACCUUGGCUCUGCUCCAGGCGAAUAGCUCCCAUUCGGGAGAAUAUACAUGUCAAGUGCGUUUACGUAGCGGCGGCUAUGACACUGUAUCGGCAUCGGCCAAAAUCCAGAUCCUUGAACCACCGGCAUUCUUUACCCCCACACGGGCGGAGACAUACGGUGACUUUGGCGGACAAGUGCAAUUGCCGUGCGAUGUGGUUGGCGAGCCAGCGCCUCAAGUUCAAUGGUAUCGUAAUGCCGAAUCGGUUGAAUCGCAAAUUAAAAAUGGCAGAUAUUCACUAAGCGCUGAUAAUACGCUGAUAAUUAAAAAACUAAGCCUUGACGAUGCCGCCAUGUUUCAAUGUUUAGCCAUCAAUGAGGCUGGUGAAAAUUCAGCCAGCACCUGGCUACGUGUGAAAACCUCUGCUCCGGUAUUGGAACAACCGCCACAGAAUGUAACAGCUUUGGAUGGCAAGGAUGCAACCAUUUUGUGUCGUGCCAUUGGUGCACCCAAUCCGAAUAUCACUUGGAUCUAUAACGAAACGCAACUGGUCGAGAUAUCAAGCCGAGUGCAAAUUCUCGAAUCCGGAGAUUUGCUUAUCUCGAAUAUACGAGCCUCCGAUGCCGGCCUCUACAUCUGUGUGCGUGCCAAUGAGGCGGGCAGCGUUAAGGGCGAGGCAUUUCUAAGCGUUUUAGUGCGCACACAAAUCAUACAACCGCCGGUGGAUACAACCGUAUUGCUUGGACUUACCGCCACAUUGCAGUGCAAGGUGUCCAGUGACCCCAGUGUGCCAUAUAACAUCGAUUGGUAUCGCGAGGGCCAGUCGGCGCCCAUUAGCAACUCACAGAGGAUUGGCGUGCAAGCCGAUGGCCAAUUGGAGAUACAGGCGGUAAGGGCCAGCGAUGUGGGUAGCUAUGCCUGUGUUGUCACCUCGCCGGGUGGCAAUGAGACGCGUUCAGCCCGUCUCAGUGUCAUCGAGCUGCCAUUUCCGCCAAGUAAUGUGAAAGUGGAACGUCUGCCGGAGCCCCAACAGCGUAGCAUCAAUGUUUCAUGGACGCCCGGCUUCGAUGGCAAUAGUCCAAUAUCCAAAUUUAUUAUCCAAAGACGUGAGGUCUCCGAAUUGGAAAAAUUCGUAGGUCCUGUACCAGAUCCUUUGCUUAAUUGGAUAACCGAAUUGAGUAAUGUAUCGGCCGAUCAGCGUUCAAUAGUAUUGGAGAAUUUAAAAGCAGCCACUGUCUAUCAAUUUCGUGUGAGUGCGGUGAAUCGUGUGGGUGAAGGAUCGCCCUCGGAGCCAAGCAACGUUGUGGAGUUGCCCCAAGAAGCUCCCUCUGGACCACCAGUUGGUUUUGUGGGCUCAGCCCGUUCGAUGUCCGAGAUCAUUACACAAUGGCAACCGCCUUUGGAGGAGCAUCGUAAUGGACAAAUCCUUGGCUAUAUUCUGCGUUAUCGUCUAUUUGGUUAUAAUAAUGUACCCUGGUCCUAUCAGAACAUCACGAACGAGGCCCAACGCAAUUUUCUCAUUCAAGAGUUAAUCACAUGGAAGGAUUACAUCGUUCAGAUAGCCGCCUAUAACAAUAUGGGUGUGGGUGUCUAUACGGAGGGUUCGAAAAUCAAGACCAAAGAAGGUGUCCCCGAGGCACCGCCCACUCAGGUGAAGGUCAAGGCAUUGAAUUCGACGGCGGCGAAAAUAAACUGGACACCACCGAAUCCGCAACAGAUCAAUGGCAUCAAUCAGGGCUAUAAGAUUCAGGCCUGGCAGAAGCGUCUCAUCGAAAGCGAGUGGCGAGAUGUGGAGCGACGCAUGAUAACGGUGCCGCCGAGUCUGAUCGAUCCGCUGGCCGAGCAGGGGGCCAUUCUCAGUGGGUUGGAUAAAUUUGCCGAAUAUAAUAUCAGUGUGCUAUGCUUCACCGAUCCCGGCGAUGGCGUGGCCAGUCAGCAGGUCUACGUCAAGACGCUCGACGAUGUGCCCGACGAGAUAACCGCAUUGCAUUUCGAUGAGGUAUCCGAUAGAUCGGUGAAAGUGCUCUGGGCACCUCCACGGUAUGCCAAUGGUAUUCUUACUGGUUACACGGUCCGCUAUCAGAUCAAGGAUCAACCGGAGACCAUGAAAUCGAUCAAUCUAACGGCAGAGGAUACACAACUGACUGUGAAUCAAUUGCAGGCCACCACACACUAUUGGUUCGAGAUAUUUGCAUGGACUCGUGUGGGUAGUGGUGCCCCCAAAACGGCAACCAUUCAGUCUGGCGUGGAGCCCGUAUUGCCUCAUCCGCCCACCAAUUUGGCUCUGUCGAAUAUAGAAGCCUUCUCCGUGGUGCUACAAUUUACACCAGGAUUCGAUGGAAAUUCCAGCAUCACUAAAUGGAAAGUGGAAGCACAGACAGCCCGCAAUAUGACCUGGUUCACCAUCUGUGAGAUAAGUGAUCCGGAUGCCGAGACACUGACCGUUACUGGUCUAGUUCCGUUUACCCAAUAUCGUUUACGGUUGAGUGCCACCAAUGUGGUGGGCAGUUCACGGGCCUCCGAUGCCACCAAGGAUUUCCAGACCAUACAGGCUCGACCCAUGCAUGCGCCAUUCAAUGUCACGGUGCGGGCGAUGAGUGCCCAGCAGUUGAGAGUUCGCUGGAUUCCAUUGCAGCAGACAGAAUGGUUUGGCAAUCCACGUGGCUACAACAUCACCUAUCGGCAAUUGGAACGGACUUCGGGACCCGUCAAGAGUGUGCCCCGUACAGUGGUGAUCGAAGAUCACACGGCCAACUCGCAUGUCCUGGAAUCUCUGGAGGAAUGGACUGUCUACGAGGUGAUAAUGAAUGCCUGCAACGAUGUUGGCUGUUCCAAGGAUAGCGGCACUGCCGUCGAACGUACACGUGAGGCAACCCCUAGCUAUGGGCCAUUGGAUGUGCAGGCCAAUGCCACAUCGUCCACCACGGUGGUGGUGCGUUGGGGUGAAGUGCCGCCCCAGCAUCGUAAUGGUCAAAUCGAUGGCUAUAAAGUAUUCUAUGCGGCUCCCGAUCGAAUUGGUGCAGGCGCCGUCGGUCCUGGCGGCAAUCCCGGAUCCGGUGGACUACUCCUGCAUAAGACAAUACCGAAUAACAGCUCAUUUACCACCACAUUGACGGAGCUCAAGAAAUACGUUGUCUAUCAUGUCCAAGUGCUGGCCUAUACUCGACUGGGAAAUGGCGCUCUUAGCACGCCGCCCGUUCGCGUUCAGACCUUUGAGGAUACACCGGGUGCCCCAUCGAAUGUGAGCUUCCCGGAUGUCACUUUCUCGAUGGCUCGCAUCAUUUGGGAUGAGCCCGAGGAUCCGAAUGGUGAGAUACUUGCCUAUCAAGUGACCUACACUCUAAAUGGCAGUUCGAAUCUCAACUAUAGUCGUGAGUUUUCGCCUUCGGAUCGACUAUUCCGGGCCACACAGCUGCUGCCGGAGCGCUACUACAGUUUCAGUGUGACGGCCCAGACUCGCCUCGGCUGGGGCAAAACGGCCACGGUUCUGGUGUACACCACCAAUAAUCGAGAGCGUCCGCAACCGCCAUCGAUGCCGCAAGUGUCGCGUAGUCAAAUUCAGGCACAUCAGAUCACUUUCAGUUGGACACCGGGCCGGGAUGGCUUUGCCCCGUUGCGUUUCUAUACGGUGCAGAUGCGUGAGAAUGAAGGUCCCUGGCAAUCGUUGCCAGAGCAUGUUGAUCCCGCCCUUAGCUCGUAUACGGCAGUGGGAUUGAAGCCACAUACAAUCUAUCAGUUCCGCAUACAAGCCACCAAUGAUCUGGGACCCUCGGCAUUUAGCCAGGAGAGCAUUGUGGUGCGCACAUUGCCAGCGGCACCGGCUGUUGGAGUCGGUGGUCUAAAGGUUGUGCCCAUUACGAUCACCUCAGUGCGUGUCCACUGGAAUGCCCUGGAGACGGGCAUGUGGAAUGGAGAUGCGGCCACUGGUGGCUAUCGCAUUCUGUAUCAGCAACUCUCUGACUUCCCCACGGCCCUGCAGUCGACACCGAAAACCGAUGUGAUGGGCAUCAAUGUGAACAGUGUUGUCCUCUCCGAUCUGCAGCAGGAUCGCAAUUAUGAGAUUGUUGUCUUGCCAUUCAAUUCGCAAGGUCCGGGUCCGGCGACACCGCCAGCUGCGGUCUAUGUGGGCGAGGCAGUGCCCACGGGGGAACCCCGCGAAGUGGAUGCUGCUCCCAUUUCCAGCACAGAGGUCCGUUUGCGCUGGGAACCACCCAAGCAGAGCAUGCAAAAUGGCGAUAUAUUGGGCUAUAAGAUCUUCUAUUUGGUCACCUAUUCACCCCAAGCUCUGGAACCGGGUCGCAAGUGGGAGGAGGAAAUCGAAGUCGUCUCGGCAACAGCUACAUCGCAUAGCUUGGUCUUUCUCGAUAAAUUCACCGAGUAUCGCAUCCAAUUGUUGGCCUUCAAUCCAGCUGGCGAUGGACCACGUUCGUCACCCAUUACAGUGAAGACUCUGCCAGGUGUACCGAGUGCACCGCUUAAUUUACGCUUCACCGAUAUCACCAUGCAAAGUUUAGAGGUCACUUGGGAUCCACCGAAGUUCCGUAAUGGUGAGAUUCUUGGCUAUCUAGUUACCUAUGAGACAACCGAGGCAAAUGAAAAGUUCAGCAAGCAGGUGAAACAAAAGGUCUCGAAUACAACUUUGCGUGUCCAGAAUCUUGAAGAGGAGGUCACCUAUACCUUUACAGUGCGUGCCCAGACAAUGGACUAUGGGCCGGCUGUUAGUGAGAAUGUGACCACAGGUCCCCAAGAAGGUUCACCCGUUGCGCCACGUGACCUUAUACUGAGUAAGACAUUAUCCAGCGUCGAAAUGCAUUGGUUUAAUGGUCCCUCUGGCCGUGGUCCCAUAUUGGGUUAUCUGAUUGAGGCCAAGAAACGAGAAAAAGGAGAACCUUCAUUUGUUUAUGAUUCGCGUUGGACUAAAAUCGAACAAACCAAAAAGGGACCUAUGCAAGAUUUUACCGUCAGUUAUCACAUUUUGAUGCCAUCGACGGCAUAUACGUUCCGUGUGAUUGCCUAUAAUCGCUAUGGCAUCUCAUUUCCUGUAUACUCUAAGGACUCAAUAUUAACGCCAUCGAAAUUGCAUUUGGAGUAUGGGUAUUUGCAGCAUAAACCAUUCUAUAGGCAAACCUGGUUUAUGGUUUCGCUGGCAGCCACCUCAAUUGUGAUCAUUGUUAUGGUCAUUGCAGUGCUUUGUGUGAAGAGCAAGAGUUAUAAAUAUAAACAAGAAGCCCAAAAGACACUUGAGGAAUCAAUGGCCAUGUCAAUUGAUGAACGCCAGGAACUGGCAUUAGAACUAUAUCGUUCACGUCAUGGCGUCGGCACUGGAACACUUAAUAGCGUGGGCACUUUGCGCAGCGGGACAUUAGGCACACUGGGACGUAAGUCAACAAAUCGACCGCCAACAAAUCUGCAGCUAGGCAAAUCCCCGCCACGACCAUCACCCGCCUCGGUGGCCUAUCACAGUGAUGAGGAGAGUCUUAAGUGUUACGACGAGAAUCCCGAUGAUAGCAGUGUCACUGAGAAGCCCUCAGAAGUGAGCAGCUCGGAGGCAUCACAGCACUCGGAAAGUGAGAAUGAAAGCGUCCGCAGUGAUCCGCAUUCGUUUGUCAAUCAUUAUGCCAAUGUGAAUGAUUCACUGCGUCAGUCGUGGAAGAAGACCAAACCGGUGCGCAAUUAUUCCAGUUACACCGAUUCGGAGCCCGAGGGCAGUGCAGUGAUGAGCCUCAAUGGUGGCCAGAUUAUUGUCAAUAAUAUGGCCAGAUCGAGGGCACCACUGCCCGGUUUCUCAUCAUUUGUCUGACAAUCAACGGAAUUCUAAGAUCCAAGCACCAGUAGCAGCAGCACCGUCAUCAGAGAGACAUUUGUCUAGAUCGAUGCCAAGAUUUUGCCUGCAAAAGGAAACACGACAAACAAACGGAAAUCUAGAGUUCAGGCAUGGGCGGAAAUCAAAUCAGCUGCUCAUCCUACGCCUCUACAACGUCCACCAUAUUCUCCUCCAUCUGCGAUGUCUCCCCUGGAGGACGAUUGACGUUUGUUUUAACUGUUGCACUGGUGCUCUGCUAUGUGGUACCUACUUAUAUAUGUAUAUAUAUAUAUUUACAUUUGAAUAUAUAUGUAUAUAUAUCUAUAUAUUACCAGAGAUCUGAGAUUUAAUCAGCAUUUAGUUUUUUAAAAUGUUUUCCUAAACCCCAGACCCCUCUUUGACUAUGCAUAAUAAUUUUAACUUUAAUUUAAAUUACGAUUUUCAGUUUUAUGUAUUUUUUUUUUUUUAUUGGGUGUAAUAAUUUAUUGUGUGUAUGUCUGUGUGUUGCCUGCCACGCCCAAUAU